AUGAAGACGAAAGUGAAGAUCACGGAGACGGUGGCCAGCGGCACGGUGACUGAGUACAUCUUCGUGAUCUUCAUGAGCGUUGAGCUGCUGCUCAAGAUCCUGGCGGACGGCCUCUUUUUCACGCCCACGGCCAUCAUCAAGGACUUCGGCGGAGUCAUGGACAUCUUCAUCUACCUGGUGAGCCUCAUCUUCCUGUGCUGGCUGCCACGCUCGGUGGCUCCCAGCUCGGGCGUGCAGCUGCUGCUGGUUCUGCGCUGCCUCCGACCGCUGCGCAUCUUCAAGCUCGUGCCGCAGAUGAGGAAGGUGGUCAGGGAGGUGUUCAGCGGCUUCAAGGAGAUCUUCCUGGUCUCCAUCCUGCUGCUCACCCUGAUGUUCGUGUUUGCGAGCUUCGGGGUUCAGCUGUUUGCGGGGAAACUCGCAAAGUGCAACGACCCUCACGUCGUGCUCGAGGAGGAGUGUGUGGGCAUCUUCCGCAUCAACGUGAGCGUCUCCAAGACGCUGAACCUGAAACUGCGUCCCGGGGAGAAGAAGCCGGGCUUCUGGGUCCCCAGGGUCUGGGCGAACCCUCGUAACUUCAACUUCGACAACGUGGGCAGCGCCAUGCUCGCUCUCUUCGAGGUGCUGUCACUCAAGGGCUGGGUCGAGGUCAGGGACGUCAUCAUCCAGCGCGUGGGGCCGAAGCCGAAUUCGGGCGACCAGAUCCUGGAGGUGCUGUCGGGAGAGCGACAGCGCCGAGCGCCGGCGCUGCACCUCGGCGCUCAGCAGACGGCGCCGCGAGCGGAGCUCGGACAGCCGCCCGUCGGCGGUGGUGGCGCUGGUGGCGCUAGUCCUGGCGGUGCCAAGCGCUGGUGCAGAGACGGAGGAGAGGAAUGGAAGCUGAGCGCCGCGGCCGGUGCCCCCCCCCGGCCCCCCUCCAGGGCCGCCAGGGCGGGGCGGGUGGCCCCUGGGAGGGCUCCAGGCCCAGCUCGGCGGGCCGGGCGGACGUCCGGCGGGCCGGGUCGGCGUCGGCCUCGGAGGCCGUCGAGUCGGGGUGGCGGUGGCGGGGCAGCCUGCGACGGGCGGGCGGUCGCCGUGGGCCGCUGCCCUCCGUCGGGGGGGCCCCAGGGGGGGGCCGUGGUGGCGGCGGCGGCGGGCGGCCACCGCCAGGCCAAGCCGCCGGCUCCGACGAGCUGCCCCAGCGCGUGCUCGUGCGCCGUGCACGCGUCCGACGGGGGCCUCGCCGUCGACUGCCAGGGCCGCGGCAUCGAGCGCGUCUCGGCCCUGCGGCCCCGCCCCCUGGGGCCCCGGAGGCUGUCGCUGCGCGCCAACAGCAUCCGCGAGGUGCUGGCCCACGACUUCCGCGACCUGGGCACCCUGGAGCUGCUCCACCUGGGCGCCAACCGCAUCUCGGCCGUCCGCGACGGCGCCUUCCUGGGCCUGUCGCGCCUGCGCCGGCUCCACCUCGACGCCAACGCCCUGCGCAGCCUCUCGGCGGGCACCUUCGCCGGCCUCGGUGCCCUCCGCUUCCUCUACCUGGAGUCCAACGCCAUCGCCGAGGUGCACGCCGGAGCGUUCGCCGCCACCGCCGCCCUGCAGCUCCUCUUCCUCAACCGCAACCGCCUGCGCCGGCUGCCCGCGGGCCUCCUUGCCGCCGCCGCCGGCGUCACGAGGCUCAACCUGCGGGGCAACCGCCUGCGCGGGCUGCCCGCCGAUGGGCUCCUGGCGCCGCUCGCCGCCUCGGCGGUGCAGGUGGACCUGCGGGACAACCCGUGGGAGUGCGACUGCUCCGCCGAGCCCCUGCGCCGCUGGCUCGACUCCCUGAGCACGGGCAUCGUGCAGGGCGCCGUCGAGUGCGCGGGCCCCCCGGCGCUGGCCCGCCGCGACCUGCGCUCCGUGCCCUUCGACGAGCUGUGCGCCGGCGAGCGCCUCGCAGAGGCUGCCGCUCCCACGGCGGGCGGCACGGCCCCGCCGCCCGCCGCCCCGUCCCCGACGCCGGCACGCGGACCCCUCGGCGUGCCGCUCUCCGUGCUCCUCCUGGCUCUGCUCGCCGCUCUCGUCGCCGCCGUGGCGCUGCUCGCCGCACUCUUGCGGCGCCGCGGGGCGGCCUCCCGCCCGCCGGCGGCCGACGCCGUCGCCGGCCGCGCCAACGCCGGCCUAACGGCGGCGUUCGACUACGGCCGCUACGAGGCCAAGGCGGCGGAGGCGGCUAAGGCCGAGGGGGUAUCUGCGCCGGGGCCGAAUCGGCGACGGGGCGGCGGCGGCGGACCCUCCAUCUACACGGUGCCGCUGUGCGCCGGCGACCCCGACCGCCGGUACCGUCAGGUGCUGCUCGGCGAAGGGAGCGCGGCCGGCUCGGCUUCGGCGUCGCGCGAGCACGGCCGCUGCCCCGGCGCGCCGGCCCUGCGGUACUACACGCUGGACCACCACCGGCGGCAGCGGUGGCAGCAGUACGACGGCGCCGGCUGCGGCGCGGCCGACGCGUCGUACCUCGGCGGCAGGGCCCCUCACGUCAGCUUCCAGUUCCGCAGCCUCAGCAGGCUGGGCCGGUUGCAGCAGCAGCAGCGGCAGCGCCAGCGGCAGCAGCAGCUGAACUACGACUCGGGAAAACGCCCGUCGCAGGCGGCGCAUUCGCCGGCGCCGCUGGGGUUCCGAGCGGAGGGUGCGGUGCGAGCCGCCGGCGAGUGCCUGGAGCUCAACGCGAGGCUGCGUGCCGAGCCCGACUACCUGCAAGUGCUGGAGAGGCAGUCUCCGUACGAGCAGUUCUAACGCAGGGCACCCAUCCACUUGUGGGGAGGGGCGGGACCACACGCGCGACCGUUCACCGGAGGAAGAGGCCUGAACGUUCAUCGAAGGUCGGGCUACGGGAAUGCUCGGCAUUCCCACCCGCCCGCUCUCUGUUGUUCUUCUGACGUUUUUGAUCGCCGGAGGAGAAGGAAGGAAGGUCCUGGGUUGAAUGUGAGUUCAAGGUCGGGCUGUCGAGAUGUGCGGAUACACUCCCGCCCUCUGCUGCUCUUACGUUUUCAAUCGCCGGAGGAAGAAGGUUUGGGCUGAACAUGCGUUGAAUGUCGAGCUGCUGAUAUGCUCGGGAUACGCGCCUGCCCGCUCGAACCCGCCCUCUGUUCUUACGACGUUUUUGAUUGCCGGAAGGCGGAGGAGGAAGGAAGGUCUGGGCUGACGUUGCGUUCAAAGUCGGGUUACGGAUACGCUCGGGAUACCCGCCCGCCCGCGCGCCGUUCUUACGAAGUUUUUGAAACAUGGUUUGAAGCCGGGAAACCGCCACUCAUCUCUCGACGGACGCUGCCAUUUGUAUGCACGGAGCAAUUUUUAUAGCCAUAAUAAAUAAUAACAGCCGGAGGCGCAAAGCACCGUAGUAGGUUUCGAAACGCGUGAACACCAAGUAAAGACGCAUUCACCUUCACGUUUAGGAAUCAUUUACCUUCACGUUUAGGAAUCAUUUACCUUCACGUUUAGGAAUCAUUUACCUUCA